UCUGUGUCUGUAUUCAUGUUAUAUGCGUUUAUAUUCAGCGAAGGAACAGAUAUACGAACAGGCCUUCUUCUUCCUCAGAUUGGUUACCUCUGUACGUAAAAUCUGGAUUUAAUCGAAAACGAAAGCGAAAGGAAAAAGAAUGUUUGCAUUGCAGUCGUUCUUGCUGUGUUUGGAAUCUUCGCCUUGAGAUUGGCAAUAGCAAUCACUCAUCUUUAUGAUUGCUGUUUAACAGUUUUACUUUUCUAGACGUGUAUUCCUCAUGUAAGGAGUACUUUUGCCUGAUGUCUCACUUUUUCGACGGACGUUUGGUCGAGGUCCAUAUCAUGUCCGACUCUGAUGAUGAAGGAAACGAUAAUAUUAUACCUAUCACAGAAUGGCCCAUAAACCCAAGUCCACCUUCUGCUUCCAAGAAAGACGAAGACGUUGCUGAAAAAUGUGCUACAAGAAAAAUACAUCACAGUCAAGAAUAUGAGCAUUGCUCGAAGGUUAAAAAAGUACGACUAGAAAGCGGAGAGCUACCAUACGGCAAUCUAGCAGGGCACUAUGAUGAGAUGCAAGAGCAAGAAGCCAUGGUACAGACUAGAAUUGCAAGAUGGUGGAGGAAAUAUAAACAAGGUGUAGAAACAAAAUCUAUGCCUGUCACCACAAAUCCGAACACUACUCUGUUAUGGAUUUCAAGGACUCCAGAAUGCCAAGUUUUUCUACUUGAAGAGGAAAAAUCCCUGAAGUUCAGGUUGCAGGCUCAACAUGGUGUGACAGCAAACUUAUAUGCCGCCCUCGCUAGUGUGGAAGACUAUUUAGGACAGAUGGAUUCAGCUCUCACGAAUAUCAACAAAGCUGUUGCCCUUGACCCAAACAAUUCUGAAUAUCAAUGGUUGCGGGAAAAACUGUCCAGGCAGAGCCGAGUCAUUGAAAUUCAGUCAGAUAAACAAAAUGCCUUGGAAACAAUGGACUUAAAAUUUCCUCCAGUCUCAAAGGUGGAUCGAGUCUCCAUCAAAGACCUAAGUGAGAAAGAUUUUCAUGAAAGAUAUGUGAAGACCCACAGACCAGUUAUCCUGCUUGACCUCGUCCAAACAAUAACAUCAACUCCCUGGAAUUUGGACUUUGUCAAAAAAAUUGCAGGCAGCAAGAGAGUGAUGUUGAAGAAGCAGGUACCCCUGUCUGCUGAAUGGGCUUGCCUUGAGGACAGUCGAACAAGCACUGUGGAAGAGUUCAUUGAUUCUGUGACAGAGGGGGAAACUGAUGAUUAUCUCUUUGAUUGGAGUCUACCCCUUCACUGUCCCGAGCUUUCUUCAACCUUAACAGUACCUAGUUAUUUUGCAGAUAACUAUUUGUGUCAGACCAGCCAGGGUUCCCUGUACCGAGACAGUUGGCCGAGUCUGUUUGUGGCACCAGCUGGGGCUGUGAGUCAGCUCCACAUCGACGCCUUUGCCUCCAGCUUCUGGAUGGCUCUCAUGGAGGGAGAGAAACGGUGGACUUUCUUCCCACCAUCAGACACAGCCCUCCUGUAUCCUCGCUACAUUCACUCCAUGGAUCCCGUGUUUAGUGUCAAUCUGCAGGAGCCAGAUCUGCAAAGUCAUCCUUUGUUGGCUCUCACUCACCCAAGCCAGUGCGUGUUGAAGCCUGGAGAGCUCCUCUAUGUGCCAAAUGGUAGUGCCCACUUUGUGGAGAACCUCACAACAUCUCUGGCCAUCUCCUCCAAUCAUGUGGAUGAAGCCAACUACACACAGGUGUGUGAGGAGCUGCACAUCAAUGGACUGGUGGACCCCAGAGCAGCUGAGCUGUUACAGCAGCUACACAGCCCAAAGUUUAGAAGGAGGAAAACAGACAGUGAAUCUUUGAAAUCAUGACAUACAGUAGAAAAGUCAAUGUUAUGGGGCCAUGUUCAUAAUUCAUGUUUUUCUCCUGUUUCCAUCACAGAUUGUAAAUCAAAAUUUCUUACUUUUAAACCUUAUUCCUUAACUAUUUGUUUCAUAGAGACCUCAAUUGUGUGAUUGUGCUUAUUUGUUUCUGUAAAACAUUUGUGUCAGGAAGGGCCAGGAGUGGACACAAAAAUACAUGCUCAACUUUUUGAAAGUUCAGUAACACUGCAUUCUGCAGUUUUUCCCUCAUGUGUUCAGAGCCGCGCACUGCAUCAUUGAAAUCAUGAAUGCAAUAUAAUGUGAGUAUGAAGUCCUCCAUCGCGAAGAGUUGAUUUUUGGCUUCUCCAACUUCCACUUCAUCUUUGUCAAGCAUCUAGAGCUACAUAUUCACAUUUGAUCUCAUCCAUGAUGUCAAUGACGCAGUGUGAGGCUUGCUUCAUGCAAGGAUAUAACUUUAAAAUAUGACGCAUAUACUGUUCAGAUAAAUGGAUGGGUACUGUCACUUAGUUUUUGCGUCUUUUCUCCUUAAAUUUGCCGUGGCCGUUUCUUUAUGGCUGUUCAUAUGACCAUCAAAUUGAAUUUGUUAAACCUUGAAAAAUUAUGUAUUUAGAAAAGAUUGAAUUUGACGUUUAACUGUUUUAUUUUGUUACUUUUAAUGUAGAAGAAACUGUUUGCUUUUUAUGAUCACAUAACAAUUACAUGAAUAAACAUGUAAAUAUCUCACUAAAACACACAUUUUAUGAAGAUUCAUUAAUUUCCAGACAUUCUGGUGUAUGAUACACUUAUUGAAUGAUAAAUUUUAUCUAAAAAUGAUGUUUUUUGUGUAAUACUCGAGAUAAGAAUUUUGUCAACUGAAAGUUUAGCUAAAAGAGAAAACAAAACAACCAUGAUCUCUAUGUAAUCGAAGCCUUUAGCAAUUCAUGAAAUGAGAAAGUUGUGACAUAGCUUUUGAUAGAAUUUUUAUUGUUAAUAAAAUAUUGUUGGUAAGUUAACUCUCACUGUU